AGAGAGAGAGAGAGAGAGAGAGAGAGAGAUACACUGCAGUGAGAGGAACUGUCAAACAGCUUUCACUCGAUCUUAAACACAUUUGAGGAGCCUUGAGUUUCAUUUGUGCUCCAUGGAGAUGAAGAAGAAAUGUUUUAGCACCUCUUUCAUCCUGCUGACUGUGUCAGUCAUGGGUGCCAUGCUGAACGAUGAGGUCCAUGAGGUAGGAAUCGAAGACGGUGCUGCAGUCAUCAAGUGUCAUUACACUGCAUCAUAUCAACCUUAUCCUAAAUAUUUCUGUAAAGGAAUUUAUGAAGACUGCAAGACUCUUAUAAAAUCUGACAGUCGGAAUCCCUGGACGUUUGAAGGAAGACUCUCUCUGUUUGACGACACUGAGAAAAGCAUGUUUGUGGUGAACAUCAAUAACCUGAGCUUAGGGGAUCAUGGAAAGUAUGGCUGUGUAGUCAACAUUACAGAACAAGACCUGUUUACUGUCGUCCAUCUGACUGUGAGAAAAGACUCCAGAUUCACUACUGAAGAAAGGCCCAUUUCAACAGUGACGAGCAGACAAGGAAAUGCAUCAGACAGCACAGGAAGUUCAUCUCAGCCCACGGUGUCUAUUUCACUUUCAGAGCAAUUAAAGGCAGUGCAGACACAACAUUGCCCAAUUCAACAGAGGACAUGGAUGUCCACCUCUAUGAGAAGACACAGCGCAGCGACCCUGCAGAAGAAAAUGCCUCAGAAACCUCAGACAGAAUGUCCGGUCCGAAUCCUUCUCCAGCAUUGAAGACAAUAUACACCACAGCAUCCAAUCAGAUGCAAGAACCACACCUUAGUACCUCUUUAUCAACCAAUCAUGUGUACUGUAGUGUGAGAUUCCACAGCGAUGCCGUUGAGAACCACAGAGAACCAAAACAAUUUCCAGAUGCUGGAGCUUUCAAUUAUUCCAUGGGACACAAUGUUACAUACUCAACUGUACAAGAAAGUUAUAAUAAGUAACGUCCAAUCUACGCAGUAAUCCUCGCUCCCGAAUCGGACAGUAAUUCUAAUUUCACACAUGUUGUGCCACCAAAUCAGGACACACAUGAUGAUAAAACAUCCGUAUGAUUGAUUUAUAUUGUUUCCAGAGUAGGGGCACUUACACAGUUUCUACAUGACAGAGUGUUGGAUAAUCUCUCUUCUAUAGAUCAUCUCAUUUUGGAUGUUCUUCAGUGAAAUAAAGUGUUUACCAGUGAUGGAAAAAAUCCUGUACUUCAGUGAAAGUAAAGAUUCUUCUGCUAAGACUGCCUUCUAAAAACAUCUGCACAAGAGCUUCGCUAUAGCUCCACAACAUCUUUUCUUCACUACACAACCCACCAGUUCUGCUCCGUCCUCCCUGACUGCUGGAGACUUUGACACCUUUUACGAUGAGAAGAUUGAAAACAACUGCCAGACCUUCACUUCUACCUAAAAGCCAAAAAAUGAUUUUUUUUUCUUUAAAGAACCAGAGAAAAGUUAACAUAUAUUUGUGAUGUUUUUAUAUAUGUCUCCUCGUUAUUAUCUUUACUAUUAUUGCAGAAUUAUAAAAAAGUGCUACUGUAAUAAAGGCAUGUUCUUCA